AUGUCUCGUAGAAUUCCUCCUCCGCCUAAUAAUGAUGAUCCCAUGGAAAUGAUGCGAAUGAUGAGAGAUAUGAUGCAGUCCAUGCAACAACAAAAUUAUGCUUUGGUGCAGCAAAAUACUUUGGCAAUGCAGCAAUUGGAGACUGCAAGAACAUCAGCUGAGGCCUCUCAGAGGCAGUUUGUGGAGAUGAUGGCUGGUGGAAGAACUACUGCAGGUUCUUCAUCUACCCCAGCUCCAAUCAAGUUUUAUGAAGAAUAUUUCCCAGACAGCGUGAGAUUCGCUAAGGAGGUGGAGUUUCUACAGUUAGUACAGGGUAACAUGACUGUCUCUGAGUAUGCAGAUAAAUUCAAACAUCUGUUACGCUUCCAUACCUUGUCUAUGAACGAAGAAUACCAAUGCAGAAAAUUCGAGAAUGGUUUGAGGAGUGAUCUAAAGAUCCUGGUGACUGGUUUCUGCAUUAGACAAUUCCUUGUUCUAGUUGAAAGGGCAAAAAUGAUGGAGCGGAUGAAGAGAGAGUCUGAUAGCCAGAGUAGCCAACCACUGAGGGUUGGUGGACCAGUGUCGACAAGGAGUGGAUCUAGUUCUAGAGUGACUCCAUACUCUAGACCAUCUGCUUCCCAUGGGUUUAGAGGUUCUUCUUCAUCAUCUCACUCCUCCAUUCCACAGGCUCCAGUGAGUACACCUGGAGGCAUCAGUUGCUUUGGCUGUGGAGGUCGUCACCUAUUAUCAGUAUGCCCACAGAAGGCAGGUUUCAGGAGAUGCAACAGGUGCAGGCGACCAGGGCAUUUUGAGAGAGAUUGCCCCAUGGGUAGGAGGACUAUUAUUCAUCCACAGCAGGCUGGUAGAGCUAUCAAGAGGGGUGGUGUUAGACCCCUAGCGACAGGCAAAGUGUAUGCAGUGACAGGUGUUAAGGCUGCCAGCUCAGAUAACCUCAUUAUUGGUAGCUGCUUGUUGUGUGAGAAGACUUGUAUGGUAUUAUUUGAUUCGGGGGCAACACAUUCCUUUAUCUCUGAGGAAUGUGUUGAGAAGUUGGGGUUAACUGCAGAGAGAUUACAUUUUGAUCUGGUGGUGUCUACACCAGCGUUUGGGUUGAUCAAGACGUCGAAUGUCUGUAUUCGAUGCCCGAUCUAG